CGAGCGCUGAAGACCAUUGCAAACUAUGGAGCACAUGGGAGAGCUCGGAGGAUGUGUUCAUUCCUGAUGAUCUACUGCUCAAGGAUUUGUUCGGCAAGCGUCCUCGGCAAUCAUUUUUCGUCUGGUACCCUUCUUUGAACCUAGCUUCUGUUUCUCGAGCAAGGCUUAACAGCAUAUAUACUAGUAUUGGAGUUCGGUCAAUAUCCAAACCGUCGAGAAGAAUGGUACUUUCACCGUGCGAAAGGUCAGGUCCAGAACAGUCCAUCAGUGCAAGGUGAUCAAUAUUGGUUUGCUCCAAAUAGUCCUUGCUUUCCUUGCUGAUCCUGCUCUUGGAAUUUCUGCCAACGAUCGGCAUGCGAUGGUUUCCUGCCUAGUGAAUGUGAGUGUCCUAGAGACUGACAAGCCAAUCAUGGUGCCAUGGUGGGGUACUCUGUGAAACUGUCUUCUCGGAAGGCUGUGGAUGUGAAGGCCAGCCGAAUGAUCCGGUGGGAGAGGGAGAACUCGAAGCUGCACUUGCAGCGAACCCAUGGUACAGCUGGUUACAGGGAAAAGCUUGAGUUUGCGACAAACUUCGCGGAUGAGAUAUCUCAAGGAUUGCUCUUUGAGAUGGCAGACAAGAUCCCUUUGCUUGCCGAAAUCAUCAGAAUCGGCAGCUUAAUGGACUUCCAGGAUGCUGCUAUCGAGUACUCGUUGAAAUCGAAGAACCUGCAGCUGUUCCCUGAAGAUGAAGCUUUCCUGGAUACCACGUCGCUCGGUGACAGCAAGAGCUGUUAGCGGUCUUCGGAUUUCACAUUUGUUGUUGCAAGUUAAUCGGUGAGGACAUAUUGUUUCACUUCCAUUUGCAGUCGCUGCAUUGGAGCCUGUCAGCCUGACGUUUGGUGAGUUUUUCCUUGGUAUAAGUUGUUGAUGGCCGGAAGGAGCUGUGUAUGUGGUGGAUUCUGAAUUGGCACUAUUUGCUUUUUCCUUCCUAUGUGUGGCUCUCUGCUUUGUGGGCCAGAACUUGUGAGCGAUUGAUUUUGUUAGUUUUAGUUGAUUGUGCAUGGCACUCGUAUUUGAGGUUUGGGAUGUUUCGAGCAAUAUGUACUGUUUAUGCUGUCAGUACUUGUUUCUCUC